CUCGGCAGGGCAGCAGGGAGAAGUUCCCGGAUGUGAGUGAAACAAUCCACGUCAACAAACCCGAACCGCGGAGAAACGAACCGAAACCGAACCGGGACCCGGAGAGACCGAACCCAGACCACCGGGACACCAACCGGGAGACCCGGGCCGCUCGGCCGGCGCCACAGCACCCCGAGACCCCGCUCUGCUGCUCCUGCCGCCGCCGCUGUAGAGGAUGAGCUCGCUGAGCCAGAGGAGCUCCGGCCUGGUGCAGCGCCGCACCGAGGCCUCCCGCAGCGCCGCGGCCGACAGAGAACGCGCAGCCGACGGGGAGGAGGCGGAGAGCCGCCGCGCUGAGGAGGAGGAGGACGCGGAGCUCGACUCCAAACAAACCCGCCUCACCCUGAUGGAGGAGGUGCUGCUGCUGGGGCUCAAAGACCGAGAGGGAUACACAUCGUUCUGGAAUGACUGUAUAUCGUCGGGUCUGAGGGGCUGCAUGCUGAUUGAACUCGCACUUCGAGGACGAUUACAGCUGGAGCCCUGCGGCAUGAGGAGGAAAAGCCUGCUCACCAGAAAGGUGAUAUGUAAAUCAGAAGCGCCCACAGGAGACAUGCUGCUGGAUGAGGCUUUAAAACAUGUUAAAGAAACUCAGCCUCCCGAGACGGUACAGGGCUGGAUCGAGCUGCUGAGCGGCGAGACGUGGAACCCCCUGAAGCUGCACUACCAGCUGAGGAACGUCCGCGAGCGCCUGGCCAAGAACCUGGUGGAGAAGGGCGUCCUGACCACGGAGAAGCAGAACUUCCUGCUGUUCGACAUGACCACGCACCCGCUCACCAACAGCCCUGUCAAGCAGCGGCUGGUCAAGAAGGUCCAGGAGGGGGUUCUGGAGCGGUGGGUGAACGAGCCGCAGCGAAUGGACAAGCGUCUGCUGGCCCUGCUGUUCCUGGCCCACUCCUCCGACGUGCUGGAGAACGCCUUCGCCCCGCUGCUGGACGACCAGUAUGACCUGGCCAUGAAGCGGGUCCGCCUGCUGCUGGACCUGGACCCGGAGUUCGAGGCCUCCAGAUCGGGCUCCAACGAGCUGCUGUGGGCCGUGGUGGCCGCCUUCACCAAAUGAACCUGGCAGAGAAAUGGAGAGAGAAAACGAAAGAGGGCGAGAGACUUGCAGAAAGAGUGGACUUUGUGCGCACUCGUUAAACCCGAACCAGAACUGUGGCCUUGGAGCUGGUCUGGCUGGACCUCGUGGGGGUGAUGGUGUUGGUGGCGGUCGUAGUGCUGAUUGCUAACGGUGGAAAUACUGAAAUAUACAAUGAUGAAGGAGAUUAGGACUACGAUGGUGAUGAUAUAAUGAUUACUAUGUUGAUUCUCAUAAUGAUGAUGAAGAUGAUUCUGAUGAUAAUGACGCCGUUAAUCUUGAAGGGACAGCCCGAGUCUAACUUCCACAGACGUGUCAAUUUCUUCAUCAGCAUCUCCUCCUCCUUCUGGAUGGUAGUAGACACGUGAUUAGAGUCUGCUUUGAGGGUUUUAUAGAAUGAAAGCACAUGCGUGUGACGUACGGGGUGCAGGAAAUGAUUGUAGAAAUGAUGGAAAUGGUGGAAAUGUAACCCAGAGAUAGAAGUUUAUAUGUUUUGCUUUAUUUUGUUUUAAUCAUGACCGUGACUCCAAUCUCAUCAAGACCCUACUAUAAUUCUACGUCAAUCUCAUUAAUCUUAAGGUGCUUUCACACAGAGUUGCUGAGAUUUUUAUCGAAAUUAACAAAUAAAAACGAAAACAGACAAAAAUAUUGUAUUUCACACCAAAUUCAAAAAUGUCAGACUGCAUAAUUAAAUAAAACUUGUAGCCGGGUGUGUUUUCUUUGUUAUCGGCUGUGCGAACAGAGCUCUGAUUGGUCAGUUUGAUAGUAAAGCUUCCAAAAACAAAGAAAAACAAAAAUAUGGAUAGUAAUGUCGUGUUUCACACUUGUUUUCUACUUUAUCAGAGGUGUUAAAAUCAGACUGACCAAUCAGAACUUCAUGUUUAUUGUUGCAAACCCAUCAGGUGAGCAUCUUGUAGCAGUACAGCUAAGCUCUGAUUGGUCAGGCUAAUGUUCAUGUAAAAGAUAACUAAGAAAGACGAAAUUAUGUAUAAGUAUACAUUUAUUAAUGUUGUUUUAAUGGAUCUGCUACUAUGAAAACUAAGCUAUGAAAACCUGAAAGUACAGAUAGUUAUGUUGUCUUUCACACCGAGCCUGUUCGUUUUUCUUUUUGUUAAAACCAGACUGACCAAUCAGAGCUUUGUUUUUAUGGUUGCAGAUCCAUCAGACGAGCAUUUUGUCUGAUUUGCUCUGAUUGGUCAGCCUGAUUAUUAACAUACCCGAUAAUGUUAAUAACCCAAAUAUAUGGAUAGUUAUGUCAUAUUUAACACAGAGCAGUUUGUUUUUUCUUUUUUUCUUUUUUUUUUCUUUUUUUAAGUUAUCAGACAUGUAAAAAUCAGGCUGACCAAUCAGAGCUUCAUUUUCAUGGUUGCAGACCCACUAAAUGAGCAUCUAGUAGCAGCAGAAAAUACCUUUUCACAUCUAGAAAAACAGAAAAGCUCAUUUCAUGUUGAGUCUACUUAAAGCCAGAACAGAGCUCUGAUUGGCCAGCUUGAUCAUAAUGAAGAAAAGCGUAAAUAUGAAAAAUGUAUGUGUUUUUCACACUAAGCCUCAAACUAUUUAUCAGAUGCACCAAAAUCAGAGCAGAUUAACAGGAAGAGUGGAAAUUGAUGAGAUCUGUGGAGUUUGCUCCCUGUUUACAGAACAUAGAAGUAAAAAAAAUCACGUAUGAAGAUUAUGAUUCAUAAAAAAACAUAAACAAAUUGUGACUUUGUGUGAAAGGGCCUUUACUCUCAUGUUGUUCUGUGUUUUUAAGUUCUCUAAGACUCAGUAUUUUCUUUUACACUGCAAAAAGUGAAAUUCUCUUGCAUAUUCAAGUCAAAACGUCAUUUUUCUCAGUAUGAGAUUGUUGUAAGACUAUCCUGAGAUUAUCUUUAGAUGUUUUAACUUGUGUUAAGUGAUGUUCUCUGAUAUCGGCCAGUGAUAUGAUAUGAUAAUUCCACUAGAUAACAGCACUAAAAAACAAGUAAAAAUAACUAAUAAUUGGGAUUUCUAGUCAAAACUGACUCAGUGAGAAAUGUGGCAUAUGUUGUCUUUAAUUAAAGGGCCCAUAUCUUGCGUUUUUCAUGUUUUCUUUUUCCUUUUUUCAUUUAUAGAAAGAACAUUUGGUCAAUUUUGUACGUUUAUGCACCAGAAUUCAGUUUUACAUGAUCGUUUUCCAAUCACUAAGAAUUAAACAGGCUGUGCCUUUAAGACUCAUCUGUGUAUGCAUUUGGGCCUCAUUGAAAAAAUCAAAGAAUUCAGCUCAGAGUGAAAGACACAUUAAAACUACAGGGUCAUGUUGCCUCUGCAUCAGCAGCCGGAGUCUGAGAGAGAGAGUACAUUUAGAUCAUGCUGUUUCUCCAUCAGCAGGCGGGUCUGAAAGAAAGUACAGUAGGUCGAACUGCUUCUCCAUCAGCAGCAGGAGUCCGAGAGAGAGUACAGUAGGUCAUGCUGCUUCUCCAUCAGCUAACAAAUGUGUUAUGGGCCCUUUAAUAUAAUUUCACCUGCUAAGACAUACAUGUUUGUGUUUUUCCAGUCAUCACCAAAGCUUCAUUUGUUUCUUUUUCAUUUUUGUUUUUGUUGUUUUGUUGUUUGUUUGUUUUAUUAAGAACUUUUUAUUAAGGUGGUUCGGUUGUUGAUUUUUUUCGGCAAUUAGGAAGUUCAGUGUCCUAGCUUCAUUUAAAAGGAAAAUAAAAUAACAUAUAAUUUAUCAAUAUUUAAAUAUUGUUUUCUAAGUCAAAGGAAGCCAAAUCCUCCUGGUCUCUCUGUACUUUUUGCCCCCAUUUUUCAUGUAAAGUAAUUUUACAUAAAAUUGCUUUACUGUUGUAAAGAGAUGCAGAAUGUCAGCACUGUUCAAUCUGAUAAAGGUACUAAAAAAAAAAAAAAAGUCAACACCGCUUCUUUUUUCUUCUGUAAUUGGUCUUAAACAAAAGGUCCAAAUCGUCCAAAAAAGGGUUGCACACCAAAUUUUGGUUUCACCUUUAUUUGGUUUCUCUGGUCCAAAUCAGUUUAUUGGGUUUGUAAACUUGGAGCGUUUCUCCAUUACUUUGGUUUGUUUUGGAGAAAAAGAAAAAGCUCUACAAAAUAUGUCACAACGAACCGCAUGAGCACCUUCUCUCAUUUGAUUGGACAGAGCUACGUGGGGCGGGGUUAAUAAAGUAAAUUCAGAAAGAAGGUUCUGAGCUCCAGUUUAGCACGUACAGUAUUACAGUGUAGUUUAGAAUGUUAAUAGCUGUAGUAAUUAUUAUGUGGGUAAUUAAUCAGGUAAAACUGCACCCGAACAUCCGUUUAGCUCAAACAGAUGGUAGAGGAGAUGAAUCUAAGUACAAUUACUGUUUUCACACUUGCCCAAACAAACCAAAGUCCAAUUUAACUGCACAGUUCAGCAUUUUACAUUGAAAAUUUUUAUUUAAAGGACAUUUUAUUAAAUUUAGGACUAAUCUUAAUCCCAGUCUGAGUUACUGUGCACUUGUAAAAAGUGCUGAAGAAGUUUAGAAAAAUUGGGACAUAAUCUUAGCAAUGCAGUAAAUGAUCUGCAUUUGAUACUAUAUCCCAACUGAGCUAAAUUCAGAUUAAUAAGGUUAUUUGGUGGACUUUGGACAUAAUACAUAAAACAAUUACAGUUACAUAAAAUUUAAAUAAUAAAAAAAUUUAAAUUUUUAAAUUUAAACAUCUACACUCUUUUGUCCACUAGAGGGAGACACAGUACUAUUGAAGAAAGAAAGUUAAGUGCUAUGCAUUUCCAUUUUCAGUUUCUGUCAUAGAGUGACUCUAGCAAUAGUUCUUUAUAGUAAAUUAGACUUUUUUUGUUAAAUGGACCAAUAGAAAUGCUCCAAAAGGACUUGGAACAAAAUCUGCAUUAUCGUCCACUGGGAGUUAAGGAUUUCUUUCUUCUGUUCUUAUGAAGCUGCUCAAAAGGAAGAUAUUAGUUUCUUAUUUAUUAUUUUCCCCCUAAUAUAAUGUCUACUUUCUGCAUCUCUGUACAUCUCAUAACUACAUAACCUUAAGUUAUAACACGUCACCUAUGGCAUCUGAUCAUUAGACACAGCAGUGCUGCUCUGUGGUAAUGAAGAACAGGGUAAAAGGAGGAGAAUAAUAAAGUAUACACCGAAACAGAUACAGAACUACAGUCUGUGAUUAUUAUACAACUACAGAGUGAAAUAUAUGAUCUGUACAGUUCAUAAGAUACAGAGAAAGUGAGGAAAAAGUGAUAUACUGUUCUGAUUUGAUUGUAGAUCCCUGAUGUUCCCCCCCUAGAGUGUCUUUCUAACUGGUCACACAAAUUGUUCUGUUUACGUCGUUGUUUUAUUUGUUGUUUCUCGUUAUGCAUUCCCCUCUGUGUUGGCUCAGUUAAAAAUUUGGGUGAAUGAGGGAUUCGUCUUUGGGAUUAGAUGACUCUAGGGUUGGACAAGUCUAGGCCUGAAUGACUCUGGGGUUAGACAAGUCUGGGGUUGGACAAGACAGGAUUGUAUGACUUUGGGGCUUGUUGAAUCUGGGGUCGGACGAGGUUGGGGCCAUACAGACCUUUGGAGUUUGGGCGAGUCUGGGAUUGUACAAAUCUAGGGUUUGAAAAUGUCAAAACUAGACAAGUUGAAUGAGGUUGAGGUUAAACGGCUCUGGGUCUGGACGACUCUGGGGUUAGGCAAGUCUUGGUAGGGGUUAAAAAAAAUCUGGGAUUGGACGAGGUUGGGAUAGGAUGAGGUUGGGGUUGAACCACCCUGGCGUUAGACGAGUCUGGGAUUGGACAGGUUUAAAGUUGGAUGAGUCUGGUGUUGAAAAACUCUGGGCCUAAACAAGUCUGGGGUCAGACAGGUUUGAGAUUAGACAAGGUUGGGAUUGGACAAGCUUGGGGUUGGAAAAGGUUGGAAUAUGGAUGAGUCUAGGGACGGACAAGGUUGGGAUUUGAACGAGGUUGGGAUUUGGACGAUUAAGUUGGGGUUGAAUGACUCUGGGGUUGGACUAAUUUUGUGUGACUCUGGGGCUUAUUGAAUCUGAGGUUGGGGCCAGACAAGCCUUGGGAGUUUGGACAAGUCUGGGAUUGUAUAAGUCUAGGGUUUGAAAAUGUCAAAACUGGACGACUCGGGGUUAGGCGAGUCUCAGGUUGGGGUUGAAUAAAUUUGGGAUUGGAUGAGGUUGGGGUUGAACGACCCUGGCGUUAGACGAGUCUGGGAUUGGACGAGGUUGGCAUUAAAUGGGUUUAAAGUUGGAUGAGUCUGGUGUUAAACAACUCUUGGCCUGGAUCAGUCUUGGGCUGCUCAAAGUUAGGAUUGGACGACUCUGGGGUUAGACAAUUCUGGGCCUGAAUAAAUCUGGGGUCAGACAGAUCUUAGAGGUUAGACAGGGUUGGGACUGGAUGAGCCUGGGGUUGGAUGAGGGUGGGAUUUGGAUAAGACUUCAGAUAAAAAUCUCUGGGCCUAAACAAGUCUGGGGUCAGACAGAUCUGGGGUUGAACCGAGGUUGAGAUUUGGAUGAGUUUAGGGUCAGACGAUGUUGGGAUUUGGACGAGUCUAGGGUAAGACGAUGUGAGGAGUUGGGCGAGUCUAGGGUUAUAUGGUUGGACAAGUUUGGGGGUUGGAUGACAUUGGGAUUUGGAUGAGUUUAGGGUCAGAAGAUGUUAGGAGUUGGAUGAGUCUAGAGUUGGAUAGGUUGGGAUUUGGAGUCUAGGGUCAGACAAUGUUGAGAUUUAGACAAGUCCAAGGUCGGACAAUGUUGGGAGUUGGACAAAGUUGGGAUUUAGAUGAGUUUAGGGAUGGACGAGGUUGGGAUUUGGAUGAGUUUAGGGUUGGACGAGUCUUGGGUUGGACAGAUUGGGAUUUGGACGAGUCUAGGAUUGGACGAGGUUGGGACUUGGCCUGUGUUGAUGUAUCUUUGUUAACCACACCUAACAAUGUUUAAAUGUAUAAAAUGUGUAAGAAGAGACAUCAGAUUUGUACACUGCUUUUUACUACAUAAUAAAGGACGGUCCUUCAAGUGCCUGAAUUGGAUGCCACCACAAUCUGCUCCUGCUU